AUGGGAGCCGUGUUGGGGGCCUUUUCUAUCGCAAGCUGGAUCCCGUGUAUGUGCUGCGGGUCGACGUGCCUGAUGUGUAAAUGUUGCCCACGCAGCAAGAGUUCCAUUGUCACCCGCGUCAUCUAUGCCUUCAUCCUGUUGCUAGGCACCAUCGCCGCCUGCAUCAUGCUGUCACCGGGGGUGGACGAGUAUCUCAAGAAGAUACCGGGUUUCUGUGACAUGGGAGUGGGCACGGAGGUCCUGGUGAUCGACACGGAUGUGGACUGCGAGAUCUUCGUGGGCUACAAGGCGGUGUACCGGGUGUGUUUCGGCCUGAGUGUCUUCUACUUGGCCUUCGCCCUCCUCACCAUCAAUGUGAAGAACAGCAGGGAUCCCAGGGCCGCCAUCCACAAUGGGUUCUGGUUUUUCAAAAUCGUUGCUGUUAUAGCGUUAGUCACUGGUGCCUUCUAUAUUCCUGACGGGUCUUUCACUCAUGUGUGGUUCGUUGUGGGUUGUUCCGGAGCGUUCUGCUUCAUCCUCAUCCAGCUGGUCCUGCUUAUUGACUUUGCCCACUCCUGGAAUGAAUCCUGGGUGGACCGAAUGGAGAAGGAGAAUGCCAAGAUCUGGUAUGCGGCUCUGCUGUCUGUGACGGCUCUGAACUACGUACUGUCAGCUGUUGCCGUGACGCUGUUCUUCUGGGUCUACACCCAGCCGGACGCCUGCACCCUCAACAAGUUCUUCAUUAGCUUCAACAUGCUGCUGUGCACCGUGGCCUCCAUCAUUUCCGUGCUGCCCAAAGUGCAGCAAUCUCAGCCCAGAUCUGGACUGCUCCAAUCCUCCAUCAUCACCCUCUACACCAAUUAUAUCAUAUGGUCUGCCAUGACCAAUGAACCAGACCGGGUGUGCAACCCCAGACUGCUGGACCUUAUUCAGGAGACGAUAGUGCCACCAACGAUUGCUACACUGGAGCUGGAGGAGAAUGUGACGUCGGUCCUCAUCUUGGGCACAGAGGAACCAGACAUCACCUCCCCCUACCUGCGCUGGUGGGACGCCCAGAGCAUCGUGGGCCUCUCCAUAUUCGUCGUCUGCAUCCUGUACUCCAGCAUCCGGUCAGCCAACCCGAGCCAGGUGAGUAAGCUGACCCUCUCCUCCAACGACUUGAGGGAGACGAUAGCGGAGGAGAGCUCCUCUGCGGGUCUCCCGGACGUCACGGAGGUGGAGAGUGGUACCGCCAGGCGUGUGGAGGACAACGAGAGGGAGUCAGUGCAGUACAACUACUCCUUCUUCCACUUCAUGCUCUUCCUGGCCUCCCUCUACAUCAUGAUGACCCUGACCAGCUGGUACAGUCCUGGGGUCAUGACGAGCAAGUGGCCAGCAGUGUGGGUGAAGAUGUCGUCCAGUUGGGUGUGUCUGUCCCUCUACAUAUGGACGCUAGUGGCUCCCAUGAUCUUCACCAAUCGGGACUUCACCUAGAGAGGGUCGCCUUGCUGCUGGUUGUCCACGUACUGUACCGUACGUGCAAUCCAGAGGCCACCAAAGUGACCAGAGGGACGACAGUCAUUAUUUUUCUAUGGAAGGUGGUGAAGAGUGUUACCAAAGGACUUCGCCAGGGGAGAAGCAAACUGGGUGACCAGUGAAGUUUACUUUAUGAUAAUGCACUAUGACACAGAUCGGCGACAUCACCAGAUGUCAAAGGUUGCCAAGCCAGAGACGCUCUGUGGUGAGCUAAGUCUGACAUAACAUUGAGAGCAAAUAAAGGGAAUCCAUGGCAACACUUCUUCAUGUACAUGGGAUACCUGUUCGCUUUGGUCUCUUUUGGGGUGCACAUACAUGUAGCUUUACUGCACGAAUACACCGUCUGCGACCUAAGCGACGCGAGCGAUGGAAGUAAUUGACUUUGUAUUGAGUCACGCGACAAAAACGAUUGGGGCGACUAGAGGCGAUUUGCGUGAGACAGUGACAGUUUUUUUGUUGAACU